ACGUCACCCCAUAAUGGAGAAGCAUAAGGGUGUUGAGCAGCUUGGGGACUACAACUCCCAGCAGCCUUUGCGCGCCCUGCGCGCAUGCGCAGUUGGGCUGCCUGGGACUACAACUCCCAGCCGCCUUUGCGGCCGCGGGCACAUGCGCCGCCGCCCCCACUUCCGCUUCCUCCUUCUUCUUCCCCCCCCUCUCUCCCGGCCGCCGCCAUGUUCCUGCAGUGCUACUACAACGAGCGCGGCGAGCGCGUCUACACCCUCAAGAAGCUGUCCCCCGCCGGCACCCCGACGUUCUCGGCGCACCCUGCCCGCUUCUCCCCCGACGACCGCUUCUCCCGGCACCGCCUGGUCCUCAAGCGCCGCUUCGGCGUCCUGCUCACCCAGCAGCCCCGGCCGCUGCUCUGAGCCGGGCACCGGGAGCGGCUCCGGGAGCUCCCCCCACGGGGGCACCCGGCGCUAGGACCCGGGGGAGCCCCCGAGGCGCCGCCGUCUCCAUUCAAUAAAAUGAGUUUUUCCCA